AUGAAGAUAAGUUGGAUAUAUAUCACUCUAAUUUCUGUUUCUGCACUUGUAAUAAUCUUGCUGAUUUUGAUUAUAAUUCGCAAGAAAUGCUCAAAGCCUACUACUCCUACAGAUUUAGCUACGAUCGAUGCAGAAAAAAGAGACACCAGCCUUAAAGAAGGCUCGAACAAAAGGAGAAGUGUUGUCCGACAAAGGAAACGGUUUUUCAGUUGGUCCGACCAUCCUUCUCUCUCUGCCGAGGCCGUCGAAAAUGGAUGGCAGAGAUUCGCUUUGGUUGCAGGUGAUGACGGAGAGGGAAGCAAUGUGGAGAUGAGUUGGGAGGUUUUUGAUGAAUCGGUAGAUUAUAUGCAGAAAAUAAGGCUGGCCCAAACGACGUCGUUUUGCUUGGUCCGCGGAGCUCUACCGUUGCCAGGCCCACAGUUUGCUAACACAUCUUUCCCAAAGGAAGCAUAUUUUGAGAUUAGGGUUUUGCCUAAUCAUCAUGGUGAAGAAAUGGAGGUGAAAAACAAGAAAUUGGAAGAGGUUGAGGUUGAAGAUGAGAGUCUUUUGGUGGCAAUAGGUUUGAUUGGAGGAAGUGAUUCACAUUUCCCAUUGGAUAAUCCAGGCAGCUUUCUGGGAUCUGUUGGCUUUGAUUCAACUGGUUCAGUCUGUCUUGAUGGAACGAAGCUCGUGGGCAAAUCCGAAAACGGAGAAUGGGGCAGGACCGGAAACGUGAUUGGUUGUGGUUUCGAUCCAAACCAAAAGAGGGUUUUCUUCACUCUAAAUUCGAAGCUAGUUUACGAGAUCCGGUGCAAGAGGGAGGAAUUCGGACACCCGCUAUAUCCGACGCUCACUGCAAACGGCGACGUUUCAGUAGUGGUAAAUCUUGGUCAGAGCCCUUUCAAAUAUGGUCCCGCGAAUUCGCGCAGAACUCAGAACCCAUGCUUCAUGAACAAGAAUGCAAGCACCGAUACGGCGCCGUUCAAUGAAUUGGAUAGUCAAGAGCUCUUUUCCAUGGGAAAAAUCGAUGGGAAAUGGAAGCAAUGGUGUAACGAAGAAUACAAUAAAACAGAAUGUGAUCACAUGUCUGAAGCCGAUCUCUUUGAAAUCGUUACCAAAUAA